AUGAUAAACGUUUCAGUGUCAGAGUUCAUGAUCUUAUGCAGCAGUGUACUCCUCAUUUUUUUGUUACUAACCGAAGUUCUCGAUUGGACCCAAUUAUUUCCUUGGGUUGAGAACGAAUGCAACCUUCCUUCGUUCACAUUCGGUUAUGCGGACCGCAAUGGACCUCACAUGUGGAAACUGCAGUAUCCUGACAGCAAUGGCAGCAAUCAGUCGCCAAUCAACAUUACAACACAGCUUGCCGUUGUCGUGCAACCAUCUGAACCUCUUCAAUGGAUUGGCUAUGAUAAAGGGCCAUUAUCGAUGACUAUAAUGAAUAAUGAAAAUAACGUGAUAAUAAAUACAGUGUGGAGCAGUUUGAAUCGACCAUACAUUCAAGGUGGAUGUUUGACUAACAUUUACGACCUCUGCUCUAUGGUGUUUCAUUGGGGCCAAUCGCAUGAGGAAGGCAGCGAGCACACUUUAGAUUAUGUCCGAUACCCUAUGGAACUGCAAGUGUGGCACAUAAAACGAGGCUUUAAUUCACUAUUGGAAGCAAUUGAAGCUAAAGAGAACGACGGCAUAUUGAUCGUUUCGUUCUUUUUUCAGAUUACAAACGCGGACAAUCCUUAUUUGGAUCACAUAGUGACAAAUUUGUGGCGAAUUAUUCAACCGGGAGCAAAGGUAUACGUUCCACCCUUUCCAUUGAUAUGGAUUUUCCCGACUUUCCAGAAGGACUAUUAUACCUAUAGCGGUUCGUUCACUCAACCACCUUGCAGUGAAAUCGUUACGUGGAUCUUGUACCCCGAACCAAUCGCUAUAUCACCGUCUCAAGUCGCUCAAUUUCGGAAACUCUGCUCACCAGAUGGCCCCAUUUUGUUCAAUUGUAGGCCUGUCCAACAAAUCAACGAACGUACCGUAUAUUUUUAUGCAUAG